GUAGUCCUGGUGCGGGAGUGGAGUCGAGUCGAGCAGAGUGGAGCCGGGCGCGGCGCGGAGCCGACUAUGGACAAGCUCAAGCGGGUUCUAAGCGGGCAGGACGCCGAGGAGUCGGGCGGGAUGAGCGAGGUAAUGGAUGCAACUACAUUAAGCUGGGGCACACGAGUGAAAGGUUUCAUCGCCUGUUUUGCUAUAGGAAUCCUGUGCUCCAUCCUGGGUACAUGCCUGCUGUGGGUGCCAAGGAAAGGAUUAAUUCUUUUUGCAGUGUUUUAUACACUGGGGAAUAUUGCAUCCAUUGGAAGCACUGUUUUCCUUAUGGGACCAAUGAAGCAACUGAAAAGGAUGUUUGAACCCACUCGUCUGAUAGCUACUGUUGUUAUGCUAUUGUGUUUCGUACUAACGUUGUGUUCUGCCUUCUGGUGGCACAACAAAGGACUUGCUCUUAUCUUCUGCAUUUUACAGUGUUUUGCUUUGGCCUGGUACAGCAUUUCUUUCAUACCUUUUGCAAGGGAUGCUGUGAAGAAAUGUGCGUCUGUCUGCUUGUCAUAACAAGCAUGUGGGAUGCUUUGUGAAGUUCUAGGAAGUACAGUAGAUCCAUGCUAAUUCUUGUAUGCAUCUUUCCGACUGUCUUAAACACGUGCCUUUCAGUUGGUAGUGGGAGGUUUCUUGUGCUUAGAAUCCAGUGUAUAUAGUUACUUUUUGUAAGCAUCAGAAUGUUGAAAUGGUUUAUUAUCUGAAACUAUCUGUUUAGCAGAGCCAGACUGGGAUCUAGAAUCUAACUCUGACCUUAUACGUGUAUUACAAUUGUGCAGAACAAAACAAAUAAUCCUUAAAGAGCCACUGUUGGGCCAAAAAUCAGAGGAUCCUCAGCUGGCACAAGUCGGCAUGAAACUGUACCACUCUACACUGCUGAGGAUCUAGUCUUACAGGAGAAGAAAUAUACUUCUCCCUGCUUUCUGAUUUUUAUUGAGAUUUAAAAACCUCACUUCCUCCCACUUAAUGUUUGCACUCACUUUGGACAAUGAAACCUCACUGAUCUCUUUAUUUUCUGGUUCUUUUGCAGGAGCCUAGUGCUUCAAAGUCAGGUUUUAGAACUGCUGAAAGAAACCCUUUUGACUAAAUAUUUCUAAAAAAUUCUUUUCUGUAACCAAAUAACUGUUUAAACUACUAGGUGUUUCUUUAAUGUAGUAAAUGAGCAUUUAUUAUCCCCCUUGGGGAAAAAUACAAGGAGUUCACUGCAACCAAGGUAAACAAAGCUCUCUGCCUGAUGGGGACCUGGGUUUUUUGCCUUGCUUGCAGCAGCUACUAGUAUUGCAAAGCAAGGCAGAAGCUGCAUCUUUCUUGUGCUGUUUGGGGCCUGUCCUGUCCACAGCUGUUUAUUGCAGAAACAACAACCCCAUGACUUGAUAAGAACUGAUAUUUAGUUUGUCUGGACACAGAUUUUAUUGUGCUUUUUUCUAAAUACUUUUGUGUAUGCUUUGGAAUGGGUAUUUUUGCCCACCUUUUUACAGUAUCUUCUGCUGACAGGAUGUGAGGAGCUUGUGUGCAUUUUUUCUUUGAAUAGGGGGGAGGACAUAUUCUUCUUUGGUCUAUGGCUCCCACUCAUUCAAAACCUUUAUUGCCUCUGCCUACAGAAAUCAUAGGUCACUGACUAGAAGAAGUGCACAGCCCAGGUGAUCUUCAAGUGUCAGUACCUUCUUCUGAGGGGAAGCAUCAUGAGGAAACUUUAUUUUUGCUAAGGAACCGGGUGCAAUAUUUAACUGCCACCUCUGAACAAAUAGCCUCCAGGGGCUAGGAUUUUUUCUGAAGCAGAAAUUCCAAGAUCACUUUAGCAUUCUCUCAGACUGAUUUUUCUGAUAAAUAUAGCAUUGUUGCAGUCCUUGGACACACUUUACUUUGGGUGGAUUAUAUUUACUACUUAGCCAGUUAUUACCUUGCUGGGGCAAGGGUCUGGGAAGACUUAUUGUACAGCCUGAUGCCAAAGUCCUUGGUGUCUUGUGCAGUUCGUAAGGCCCUCAUUGUAGUACAAAUAGAACCAUGUUGGAGUAUGAUUACAAUAUGAACUACACUGGCCACCAGAUUAGUCUUAUCUACACAAGAGAAAAGGUAACCAAUAUUCAUAGCCUAGCAAAAGUCUUGAUCAGAUCAGCAGUAAGCAUCAGCUCCACAGUGAAGGUAACAAACAUGGUGGCUUCCAGGAAGCUAUUAAACUUUAAGGUUUGUUUUUUUAACUUUUUUAAGUGCCCUUCAGUUGCUCAAGACAACUUAAUGCAUUUCACUGUAAAGUUCCACUUCAAAACCACUCCUGUAAAAAAACAAA